AUGCCGCUGCUGACAAAGAUGAUGGAAUCUACAGAGAAGUUCGAAGACAAAGCCAUUGAGUUCGCUCAAGAGCAAGUCGCCAGACGUGAAGAGGAGGAAGACCAACUGGGAUACGUCCCAAGACACAAGUCUAUUAUGAAGAAAGCUGUGGAAGCUGCAGAGGACUUCAUCGCCGAGCGAGGAUCACCUCGAUCUAGGUCCAGAUCCAGUUCAAGCUCGAGUUCCAGUUCUAGUUCGGACGAGGACUGUGAGAGGUACACUCGCUCAAGCGAAGAGCCAGGAAGCUACUCGACUGUGGUUGUUGCGACAACCACGAGUGUUGUUAACCCUGGCGUCAGCGACUACAACACUCCAAGCUAUCCCACCGCAAACUACGAGAGUAGGGAUGAUCACUAUACUGAGAGCUCUCGCGACGGCUCUACAGUUUAUGAACGGCGCACUGUUGAGGUAUCCUCCUACCCGCAAAACUCGUUUGUGGCCUCCAACUCGUAUGAAUCAACUGGUAACACCCACUCGAACUACUCGCAAGUGAGAGAGGAGGCUGAUAGCUACACUACCAGCUCUGUGUAUCGCCCACCUUACGAUCAGAAUGAGGUUACCAAUACCUGCUACGAGAGGACCGAGAUCGACAACAACGCGGGUGUGUCUUCGUCCUACUCAUCUCGUGUCGAAAAGGACAUCAGCUACCCCGGCCGGUCGGGUACGGGUCUGACCAGUCGAAAUAACAGCUCAAGUUAUCACGAGGAAGACAUCAGCUACUACAGUCGAACGGGUACAGGUCUCGACUACGACUCGGUUCGCGACAACAGCUCGAGCUAUCGCGAGGAAGACGUGCAUUACUGCAGUAGAAAUGAUACGAGUCUUGGCUUUGAAUCGAGCCGAGAGAACGCCUAUCGCAAGGAGGAUACUAGCUACUCUAGUCGAACGGAUACGGGCGUCGGCUUUGGAAGGGCUGAUGACAUUUCGCGUGGCGAUCGACGUGUGUACGACCGCUUCCGCGAGAACGACACAUACGAAUCGUCUCGGGAGCUACCCAGCUAUUGGGUCAAGCACAUACUCGCGUCGAGUGGUCACUUCAUCGCGGACGCAAAACUACUGAUUAGCGUAAAAUUCACGGAUCUCAAACUCAUUGCGAUGGACUUCUUCAAUAAGGCAAAGGAGGCGGCCGAGAAGCUGACAGGGGGCGGCGACUCGACUAAAAAGGAUGAUAAGAAAGAGAGCGAGUCCAUCUUCACGAAGGCCAUUGAAGCGGUAGACAAGUACCACGUGAAGGACAAGGCGGUCGAGUACGCGCAGAAGCAGGUGGCCAAGAGGGAGGAGGAGAAACUCCAACCUGGCUACGUCGAGAAGAAGGACAAGUCCAUCGUCGAUAAGGCCAAGGAGGCAGCUGAGGAUUUCCUUGCGAAACAAGGCGACAAACCGACCGAAACUCCGGCUAGCAAGCCUGUUAAGUCGAGAUCUCGAUCGAGCUCCAGCAGCUCCAGCUCUAGCUCGGACAGCGAGAAGGAACGACCCAAAAGCCCACAAAACAAGCCAGUCGUUGAGCACCAAGCUAUUCCACCCAUUUAUCCGUCAAAUACUGGGGUGAAUAUUGAGGCGUCCUUGGGUAGAAUGAACCUUGACAGAGACACGUGUGACUACGAGCGCUACCCCAGCAGCUCAGGCAAGUAUGAGACUUAUCAGGAGUAUUGGAGUCGACGCAGCGCUGUCGAUAACACCCAAACGCAACCAAGUUACUCCAAUGACUCGUCCUAUAGCCGCCAGCAAGCGGAAUCUUCGCCGUAUUACCCUUCUGGAGCCGAGAACAGCAGUUCGUAUUACCAGGAUGACAGAGAAGCACAAAGCUACUCACGUCGUCCAGGUGGAGACAGCGACAGGAACUAUUCAGGUGGAAAUUACUCCACCAGACAGUAUCAAAGCUCUGAAGAGUAUUAUCGUUCUCCGGACGAUCGAAACUACCUCAGCGGCUCCGAGUCGGGGCGUUAUCAGAGUUCAGAAGGGUAUAUUGGCCGAUCGGGAGGAGAGGGUAGGAACUACCCGAGCUACACAAGUGGAACAACCAGCAGUAGCGGGUAUUCCCAUGAGACCAGCUCGAGGCCGUAUGGACACUACGCUUCGAAUGGCCACGUAUAAAGCCCUCUACGUAUUAAUACAAGGAAGAGCAAAAACCAUUGUGUUUCGAAUACAAA